AACGCAGCGGUCUUUUUUGAUUUCAGUCGUGUUAAGUUAUGUUUACAGUUUCGCGUCUAAAUAUUGUGAAAACGGCUGCAAUUUGUUUGCAUGUUUAUUAACAUAUAUUAUAUAGAAAGCAAUUUUUACGAUUACUGUUUUACAUCGAUGUCAUGUGUAUGAAUUCAAAACAACUUGGACGUUCAGUAAGUCGACUCAUACGAAGUUGUCGGUAUGAGCAACCUGGGCCCUCCACAUAAAAAGAAGUGUUACAUGGGACAACACCAGAUCGUCAAGAAAAGCAAUCAAGUCUACAAUGAACCAAUUACCGGAAAACAUGGUAAACUCACGAAGAAAACGACGUUGGAGACAGAGAACCACAAGGGCUCUAACGUGGGCGGAGGAGCGGUAUUUCCAUUGGGGGAAUCCUCCCUGGCACUUGACGAUGAGAUGAUGCAGGCACUCGAUGCCCUGGACCCUGUAAAACCUCUGCUUCGAAUGGAUCCACCAAUCACCAUCCACACAAAUGGACAAAACAAUAGCACCAGAAAGCGGAAAAACGACUCGACACAGAGUCUGAACCGUGAAGAAUCCAUUCAACACUGUAAUUCACGUCCCAAUCGGAUCACACACGAAGCCCACUGCCACCCUGAACAAGCUAGUGAAGCAAAGCGAGCCUGCAAGCAAAGCAGUAAUGGGGGUGGGAGUCUGCGGAGGGCCGGCUGCAAAGAUCUCGCCCAAAAGCUUCUCUUUAGCGAGGACUUGGAGGAUGCACAGCUUCCUCAGAGAGGAACCAAGAGCUGCCAAUCAGACUCUGCAGGCCCCAGCAACACACUGCCCCAUGGAAACACACCGACCAAGCUGCAAGCGGUGGAUCCUGGUCGGGUGCACAAAUCCAGGAGAAGAGACUCCCCUCUAAGCCCGGCAAAAGCUGGUCCAAUUAGCAAAGCCGACUCCCCAUUGGACGCCUCCACGAACUUCAUCCUGUUUAGCCCCACCCACUUGGCAGCGGCCAGGAAGAAGGCAGAACUCCAGCGGUCCUUACAGAAUCAUUCGGCAUCUGUACUCACAAUACCCACUGGCCUCGAGGCUAGUCAUCUCCCUGACACUUUAACUCAGCAAGGCAUUGCCAUGCGUGCUCCUGAAGAGCACGCAGAGAAGCUACUGCUGUCCAGCUGGGGCCUUCCGAAACCCGUCCUGGAGCGCUACAAGAGACACGGGGUCACCCACAUGUUCGACUGGCAGGCCCAGUGCCUGACCGUUGGCCAGGUCCUGCAGGGACAGAACCUCGUCUACGCGGCCCCCACCAGUGCUGGGAAGACGUUGGUGUCGGAGCUGCUGAUGUUGAAGCGUGUGUUGGAGACUAAAAGGAAGGCUCUCUUCAUCUUGCCAUUCGUCUCGGUUGCCAAAGAGAAAAUGCACUACCUUCAGAGUGUGUUUGAAGAGGCGGGCGUGCGGGUGGAGGGCUACAUGGGGGGCACCUCGGCGCCAGGGGGCUUCAGGGCUCUGGACGUGGCGGUGUGCACAAUAGAGAAGGCCAACUCCCUCGUCAACAGACUGAUAGAAGAAGACAGCAUGGACCUUCUAGGGAUGGUGGUGGUGGAUGAGUUGCAUAUGGUGGGAGACUCCGGGAGGGGCUACCUUCUCGAGCUGCUGCUGACCAAGAUACGGUUCAUUGCAUUGCAGCGGAACGAUAAAGGUUCCUUCUCUGAUGGGGUGCAGAUAAUAGGUAUGAGUGCCACCCUUCCUAACCUGGCCCUGCUGGCUGGGUGGCUGGGAGCAGAGCUCUAUCAGACCGACUUCAGGCCCGUCCCCUUGCAGGAGCUUGUCAAGGUGGGCAGCAACAUCUACGACAACACACUCUCCCUGGUUCGAAAGUUCUCUCCUGCCAUCAAUGUGAAGGGGGAUGACGACCACAUAGUGAGUUUGAGCUAUGAGACGGUGAGAGACGGCCACUCUGUGCUGCUCUUCUGCCCCUCAAAAAUCUGGUGUGAGAAGCUAGCCGACAGCAUCGCCAGAGCAUUCUACAAUCUCCGAAAUACUGAUGGCAAGGCUGGGGACGACCCCCAGGCAGUAUGUCUGGACCAGAAGGGCCUGGUUGAUGUGAUCGCCCAGCUGAGACGCACCCCUGCUGGGCUAGACCCUACCCUACAGCGCUGCGUCCCCUGGGGGGUUGGCUUCCACCACGCUGGUCUCACCUUCGAUGAGCGGGACAUUCUGGAGGGUGCGUUCCGCCUGGGCCUGGUCAAAGUGCUGGCCGCGACCUCUACCCUCUCCUCUGGGGUCAACCUCCCGGCCCGCAGGGUCAUCAUCCGAACCCCCACCUUCAAUGGACACCUGCUAGACCCUCUCACGUACAAACAGAUGGCCGGGCGGGCGGGCCGCAAGGGGGUGGACACCCAAGGAGAGAGUGUGCUUGUGUGCAAGGAGUCUGAGAGGCAGAAAGGCAUUACCCUUGUCCAGGGUGUGCUUCGACCAAUCAGCAGCUGCCUGGUGAAGCAGGAGGGGGAUGGUGUCACCACGAGCAUGCUUCGAGCCAUCCUGGAGAUCAUCGUUGGAGGCGUGGCCAGCACACCACAGGAUGUGCGGGUGUACGCUUCCUGCACACUGCUGGCCGCCAGCGCCCGAUGGGAGCGGGACCCCUCAGACGGGGGCCUGAAGGAGGGGCCGGAGCCCGAGACCAACAGGGGCGCCAUCGAGGCCUGUGUGGAGUGGCUGAUGGAGAAUGAGUUCAUCACUACCCUGAAGGAGGGGGAAGAGGAGCGGUUUGCUCCGUCCCUGCUGGGAGCAGCCACUCUCUCCUCCUCCCUCUCUCCCCCCGAGGCCCUGGGUAUAUUUGCUGACCUGCAGCGCGCCAUGAAGGGCUUCGUACUGGAGAACGACCUGCACACCCUCUACCUGAUCACCCCGGUGUACACCGACUGGACCACCAUCGACUGGUACCAGUUCUUCUGCCUGUGGGAGCAGCUGCCCUCCUCCAUGAAGAGGGUGGCGGAGCUGGUGGGCGUGCAGGAGGGCUUCCUGGCACGCUCCGUCAGCGGCAAGCUGGUUGCCAAGACGGACGCGCAGCGCCGGCAGAUGGCCGUCCACAAACGGUUCUUCACCACCCUGGUCCUGCAGGACCUGGUGAAGGAGGUUCCCCUGGCAACGGUGGCCUCCAGGUACAACUGCAACCGCGGCCAGCUGCAGUCGCUGCAGCAGUCUGCCUCCACAUACGCAGGCAUGGUGACGGUGUUCUGCAAGCGGCUGGGCUGGAGCAGCAUGGAGCUGCUGCUGUCCCAGUAUCAGACGCGGCUGAGCUUCGGCGUGCAGAGGGAGCUGGUGGACCUGGUGCGGGUGUCCCUGCUGAACGCCACGCGGGCCCGAGCGCUGUACGCCCAGGGGCUGUGCACCGUGGCCGAGCUCGCCAGGGCCACCGUUGCCGACGUGGAGAAAGCACUGCGGAAAGCCGUUCCCUUUAAGAGCUCCAAGCGGGCCGUGGACGAGAGCGAGGUGGAGGCGGCCGAGAGGCGGAGCCUGCGCUGUGUCUGGGUCAGUGGUGGGCGGGCCCUGACGGAAAAGGAAGCAGCCAAUGAGAUUGUGUCUGAGGCCAGGCUCCUCCUCCAGGGAGACCUGGCUCAGCUGGGGGUCCAGUGGGACCCGGGGACUCUUUCUGACACAGGGCCAGAUGACGGACACAGCAGCAGCCAAUCAAAAUCCCCCAAUAAGAGGGAAAUACACAAGGGAGCAGAAGGACAGAAAGAGGAUACGAAAAAAGAUCAAAAUAGGACGAGAGGGGCAGAGAGAGAAGCAGAGGAGAAACGUGAUGAGAACCCACCGGGAAGCAAGCGACACACAGUCAGAACAGAGACAGCUCACGACGGCCUGACAGAGAGAGGAGCAGAGGCUAAAUCAACCAAUCAAACCGUUGCCAUCGUUCACAAUCCGGAAAUGACAGAACACGUGGCAAAGCAAAGAGGCACAGAGACGGUGGGGAAGGGGGCAGCUGGAAGGGAGGGCCAGAGAGCAGAGGAGGAAAUCGGGAUCAGGAGUGAAGAGGUGACUCCCACUAAACCAGAAGCUGUGAACACAAAGCGGGCCGUUCGCCACAGAAGCCUGACGCAGGAAUUGGCCGAGUUGGUGUUCAGUCCUCUUCCUCCGCUCAAGACCCUUCCUCUACCCCCAACGUCCCCCAUGCCCCCACCUCGGUUCCGGGCCCCAGUACCCCGAAGGCAGGGGCAGUAUCGGGGUUCUGCAGAGGCAUUUAAAGAGGAUGCCGCCGCCGCCGCCGACUCUGUGGCCUCCCCUGCUCGGUCGGGAGUGGUAAAGCACUCCAAAGCCUUGAGCAAAGUCCUCCAGUCUAUUCAUACUGAGAGUAACGCGUGGGAAGCUGUCCAAACUGUGCAACAAGCACUGCCAUCAGUGGAUUCUGAAUUGGAGAUCGUUCAAAGUCCACGUCACAGUUCUCCAACACCUCCGCAGACGCCCGCCGUUAUUUCAACCGAUCCCCCCCAAGCGGGUGAUUUAGGGGGUCUUCCCGAUUCCACUUCUCCCAUUAAUGUUCAGACGUCACCGGUUCCAGUUGUGGGGCCGCCGUCCAACUCUCCCACGCCAACGCCUCCCCUCUCUUCUGUGGCCGAGCGAAGGAGGAGACAGGAGGAGGAGCGGUUCUCCUCCCCAGAGCUGUACACAGAUGGAGCUCAUGGAGAGGAGGCCGUGCCAGUGGACUCUAACGAGGCCGAGGAAGGCUUUGGAUCCGACAGUUUUGAAUUGGACUCUAUGACCGAGAGGAUCAUGUUUGAUCAGGUGAAUCCGGUGGGAGGGGAGACGGGCGGGGAAGGAGAGGAACAGGGGGAAAAGUUGAAUGAGGGGAGAGCGAGCAGACUUCAGGAAGGUGAAGUGCUGGAGGAGAAUGAAGGAAGACUCCAGCCUGAGGUGCAGAAACCUCAUGCUGGCAACAAUGCUCACAGCUCUCAAACUGAGGCCCAAUCCCAUGUAAGACCUGAUGACGCUGGUCCAAGAUUUAAUAUUUCUCUCACAGAUGCCCAGCUAGAACUAAUCCUGGACGCAAGCCACCAGAUCACUCCAAGAGUAGAUGGUUGUGAGAACAUGGACGAAGAAGAUGGUGAAGAAAAACAGAAGCAAGAGGAGGCUGACAUCCGCCCUGCAUUAGACGUGGAUCCGGUUGAUUCUGAGAGUUUAAAUGCAAGCAGUAGCUUCCUGUUUGACAGUCUCUAUGAGGGCUCCCUUCUCGCUGGCCUCAGCCCAGACCAGGACGGGCUAUUUCCACCAGAUCAAGAGGAGCCGCUUAGAGGGGAGAUUGCAGAAAACCCCCAACUUCCCUCUGGUCAGGACCGACGACGCAGUGAGCUUCUGGCCAAUCAGGAGGCAGAAGAGGCUAAGCAAUGGAGCGAGUCGUCCUUCAAUCUGUCUGAAUGGGGUGACUCUUUGCUGGUGGGGGAGCACUUCCUGGAGAGGCAGAGCUUGCUCAGACACGCGGAAAGAUCCCCAGAAGGGCGCAGACGUAGCCAUGGCGAAGGUAAACAGUCCAAACCAGACCGUACGCUGAUGGCAGACCAGCAGGGAACACAUUCAGGCCUUAAGCCUGCUCAGUUUAAGCUACCAGAACCCAACCUGGCCCCAUCCAAAACCAAACCGCUCCAAUCGAUCCAGCUGGGCCAUACGGAUACAGGUGGGACCCAAGGUCGAGCUGAAAAGUUAAAAGAAAUUACGCCACCGAGAAACCAUGACCAUGGAUUCUUGAACAUGGGUGAGGCAAGCAAGAGAGCGGGCUGGGAUGAAAUCAGACAGGGUGUAGCAAAAGCCAAGCACAUCCAGAGCUCACCUGAUAAUUUUCCUGACUGCAGCCCUGGACUGCAAGAGAUGUUCGAUCAGUGGCCCAGCAUGGCUGACCCACCCCUCCAAAGUGUCACAACAAUAAAAACAACAGCAUCAGUCACGCUAGCCCAUGUGCACAAUGCUGCAGGGAAGGACCUGGAAAUACCUCAGCCUGUGAUGGAGAGGGAUGGGAAACAGCAGCAUCAGACACUCCCGCCUGCUGCCCAGAGCCGCUCUGAAGCGACGGAGGAAGGCCCUGGACAAGAGAAAGCCGGAGAGAGGCCAUCCUCUGCCUCUGACCUCAUCCCCCCCACACAGGAGACGGCACCUGUCACUCCCAGAAUCAAACUAACAACCUCCUCUGUCCAUUCGCCUCUGUCUGCCAAGCCUCUGAAACAGUCCACCAGCUCCACAGGCCCCCGCAGCUCAAAGCAGGUUCCAACAUGUCAAACAUCCCUCCCAGGACCCAGCCACCGUCCCCAGCCUGCCGAUAUAUCCACGUCCGGGAACGAUAAAAACAGAUCGGCUCCCGAACUCGACAACAAAUCCAAAGCGGGAGACAACCACAAGCCAAGAACCCGCUCGGAGGUACCAGACGCAGUCCCUCCAAUCCCAGCUGAACCAGAGGCCGGCCAGCCUGAUGAAGACACAUCGGUUAUCGACGAGGGCUUCAGCCUCCAGCUGUCCCAGAGCGGCCCCCUCACACCCAGCAGCUCCGGGGCCUUCUCAAUCAUCGACGUGGCCAGUGACCGGGGACUCUUCCACACGUUCAUCAGCGAGUGGAGGACAAAGGAGCGCUACGCCCUGGCACUGGCCUGCCAACGGCCAGAGCAGACCCAGCAUCCCGAGGGCGGCAUCGGAGAGGAGCACAAGAGAGGGUCAGCAAACCGGCAGAAGCUGUGCAGUGCGGCCGGGUUCCCAGUGAGGGGAGAGGAUGGGCUGGUGUUGAUGGGUCUGAGCGUCUGCUGGGGUUCGAGGGAUGCAUUCUACAUCUCUCUGCAGCAGGAGCAGAGCUCAGGUUUGAGCUCUAGUUUGGCCCCACCUCCACUGGAUGCUGAUUUGCCAGUGAGUGAGAGGUUGGAGCAGGUGAAGGCCUGUCUGAACAGGCCAUUGGUCAGCCACUCAGCCGUCGUGGUUAUCACCUAUGACAUCAUCCAUGUGUACAAAACACUGGUGCUGAGCUGCGGUGUCAGUCUGGAGGGAAGCUGUGAAGACCCCAAGGUGGCCUGCUGGCUGGUGGACCCAGGUAGCGAGGAGAGGACCCUGGCCAACAUGGUGACCUUCUACUGCCCCGCAGAGCUGGCCUUACUGGAGGGGCUGGGGGAGGGCCGGUACGCCAGCACCUACUGCCCCCGCGUGAAGGCGGCUACAGAGAGCGUGCUGAUCCACGCCACCAUGACCCACCUCACCGGCCUGCUGGAGGAAGAUGGCAUGCUGGACGUGUUCCGGCGGGUGGAGAUGCCGUCCCAGCGGUGUCUGGCCCUGCUUGAGCUCAACGGCCUGGGCUUCAGUGUGCGGGAGAGCGAGAGGCAGAAGCACGUGAUGCAGGCCAAGCUCAGCGCCCUGGAGGCUCAGGCGUACGGCAUGGCCGGGCACAGCUUCUCCCUCACCAGCAUCGACGACAUAGCACAGAUCUUGUUCUUUGAGCUCCAUCUGCCCCCAAAUGGUGACGUGGGCGGGGUUAUAAAUAAGAAGACUCUGGGCUACACCAGGAGGGGAGGCAAAGUGCGACUGGGCAAACAGUUCAGCACUACCAAGGACGUGCUGGAGAAGCUUCGACCGCUCCACCUGUUGCCCGGGGUGAUUCUGGAGUGGCGGCGGAUCACCAACGCCAUGACUAAGGUGGUGUUCCCCCUUCAGAGGGAGAAGAGGCACCACCCUGGCCUGGCCAUGGACCGCAUCCACCCCAUCGCCCAGACCCACACUGCCACGGGUCGGGUCAGCUUCACAGAGCCCAACAUCCAGAAUGUCCCCAAGGACUUUGAAAUCGACAUGCCCACCGUGGUGGGGGAGAGCCCCCCUUCACAAGAUGCCCGCCAUCUUGCAAACAAACAAGGGAGGAAGCGUCGCACUAUAAUCCCGGCGGCUCCAGUCGGCAGUCCAAAGAAAGGCCCGGCCUUCUCCGUCAGCAUGCGGCAUUCCUUUGUGCCCUUCUCAGGGGGCAUGAUUCUAGCAGCAGAUUACUCCCAGCUGGAGCUCCGGGUGCUGGCCCACCUGUCCAAGGACCGGCGCCUCCUGCAGGUGCUGAACGGCGGAGCAGACGUGUUCCGCUGCAUUGCAGCCGAGUGGAAGAGCAUUGAGCCGGACUCGGUGAACGACAGCCUCAGACAACAGGCCAAGCAGAUCUGCUACGGCAUCAUCUAUGGGAUGGGACCCAAGUCCUUAGGGGAGCAAAUGGGUGUGGAUGAGAACGAUGCAGGUUGCUACAUCGAGAGCUUCAAAUCCAGAUACACAGGGAUCCAGGCCUUCCUCAGGGAGACGGUGAAGAACUGCCAGAGGAGGGGCUACGUCCAGACCCUGAUGGGCCGGCGGAGGUACCUGCCCGCCAUCACCAACGGCAACGGCUACGCCAAGGCACACGCCGAGCGGCAGGCGGUGAACACCACGGUGCAGGGCUCGGCCGCCGACAUCGUCAAACUCGCCACGGUCAACAUCCAGAAGCGCCUGCGGGAGCUCUACCCCGGCGCCCCCCUGUCCCACCAGCACACCGCGCCAGUGAGUCGGCGGGGCGGGACGUCCCAUCUGAGGGGAGCCUACUUCAUCCUGCAGCUCCAUGACGAGCUCAUCUAUGAGACCAAAGAAGAGGACCUCAUCCAGGUGGCUCAGAUAGUGAAGAAAGAGAUGGAGACUGCGGUGAAGUUGUAUGUGAAGUUAAAGGCCAAGAUAAAAGCUGGACCCAGCUGGGGUAACCUUGAAGACCUUGACAUAUAACACAGAAUGCUAACGGACAACCAUGAUUAACUCAGGGAUAGUGACUAUGUUACUAUGAACUGUAACUAUAUGAAUUUAUCCUAUUUAUACUGAUACUGUACAUAAUGAGAAAACAAUCGUGCCAUGAAUAAUAUGAACUGGAGGUAUAACACCUCAUUUGGAUUUAUUAAGCCUUUAGGUAAUGGACAUUGAAAGCUGCCAUUUAAUUUUAUCUUUGCAAUGAAUUUCCAUCCAAAUAACAGACACUCACACGCCAUUGCACUGUUUUGAAUUUCCUUUUAUUUAUAUUUUUUUUACAUUUA